CGCACCAAAACAGGACGCAGUCUUUCUCAGUUCUCAACUUCUCGCACAGAAGAGUCUGAAGAAGAGAAGAGAAGAGCAAUGAGUGGAGAAGAAUUAGCGGGCCCCCCAGCCCCAAAGCUCCUCCGUCUGCUUUAUUUUGUCGGCGCUGGCUUUAUUUGCACUGUUGGAAUCAAUAAAUGGCGUGAGCUUCAGAACAAGUCAAUUUUACAGCAACAGCUCCCUGAAAAUGCCGCAAAUGCCCUUGAGUGAUCUCCAGGUUUUUGAUUUGAAAGUCUUGCUGGUGACAAUAAUGAUAAAUGUAAUGAUUUCAAGUUUCACUGAUGUACUAUGAAAUCUUCCUGUUGUUUUAAGGCGAAUUUUCAAUUUUAAUCAUGGAAUUUGGCAAGUAAGCUUGAGCUUUGGCUUCUUUUUGAGUUUGUAUGGUUGUUAAAUUGUAUAGAAAAUGGUGCAAGAAUUCAUGUCUUUCAAUCGAUUUCAAUAUACCAAAUUUAGUAAAAUAACUUUCUCAAAAAAAUUAAAAUAAAAAUCAUCUUGAGAUUAGGCUCUCUGUGGGUUUGAUGUGCUCCGUGUGCAAAAUUUUAAUCACUGGUAAUGGGGAUUGUGGAGGAAUUUCGAUUGUCUAUGCAUUUGUGCUUCUUUUGUGACAUUUUCUCUCAACUUUAUAGUGUGAUUCAUGCACUAUGCAGCCUUCUUGAGGAUGAUUAUUGAGUAAGAAGGUGUGUGUGUAGGGGGGCCUAUUGUGAGUACUGGGAAGAUUUUCAUCUUAGAAUAUAUUAUGUCUAUUGAACUUGUUGAUCAACCUUUUAAGGAAGAUAAAGCUGUGGAUUCUAAUCCAAAUCGAGGUGAAUUUGUCAUUUGUGAAUAGUGCUAGGCAACAGUUCAGGCAGUCUUUAUCUAAGAUGCUCCGGCAUAAGGUGGCUUGUGGUUCCCCAUUGGAAUACCAUAGCAUGCAUGCUUCUAUUUAUAUACUUUGGACAUUCAUACAUUGCACUAUUUUAUUUGUUGGUUAGGGAAACAACUUGCUCUUGAAGAUUUUUAUUUAUGUCAGUGCACGUAUUUGU